GUCCAACUUGCCAUGUACACAAGUGGCAGUAUGAUGUGUGCAGUUGCUGUAGUGGUGGUGGGCAUGGCUGUGCUCGGCAUGGUCCAGGCGGAGCAGGUCGGCAAGUACGAGCUGCUGGCAAGCUACUCGCCGGUGGCAGCUUCGGCGGCGGUUGUGAUCUCGGGCAAGGCGCGGUUCUCGGUUCUCACUCCGCGGGUCAUCCGGUGCGAGUACGCCAGCUCGGGCAGCUUUAACGAUGCGGCCACGACUGCGUUUAUCAACAGGAACACCUCGGUCCCGCACUACUCCACGGCGACGUCCAACGGCGUCCUCACCAUCACCACUCAGUACCUCAAGCUCGAGUAUGUGGUGGGCAGUCCGUUCUCGGGCGCCACGCUCUCGAUCGCCUCGGUGGCGGGCAACUCGUCGCGGGUGGCGAGGCCGGGCAAGAGCUCGUGGGCCUUUCGCGGCGCGCCCAGCGCGCCGUCGGCGGCGUUUGAGACCUGGCACUACGGCGAUGCGCCUGAGGGCAACCUGCUCGGCACCAUCAAGUCGCUCGACCUGCUGGGCGUUAUCUCGCUCAACUGCACCGAGAACGCGCACGUUCGGAUCCACGAUGAGUCGCUUCACUGCCGGUGGGGCCUUGUCUCGCGGGCCGGAUGGGCAGCGGUCGACGACACGCCGAACUAUGUGCUCGACAAGGAGCUGGCGUGGUGGGACGGGCCGGCCAAGAACCCAGACUCUGCUGACGUGACUUUUUUGGGCACGGGCACGACUACAUGGGUGCACUGGCCGACUUUGUGACGCUUGCCGGCAAGAUCCCGAUGGCCCCGCGGUACGCGGCCGGCAUCUUCCGCACCCGGUGGUACGACUACAACUCGCACGAUGUGCUCGACGUGCUCGACGACUACGAGAUCCGCUCCAUUCCACUUGACGUGCUCAUCCUUGACAUGGACUGGCACCAGAAGGCGCCACCGCCCAACGCGUGGGGCUCGUACACCUGGGACACGCGGCUGUUCCCCAUCCCCGACGCGUUUGUGCACGCGGUCUCGUCCAAGGGCCUGCCGAUGAUGGUCAACAUCCACGACGACAACGGCAUUGCCAACGUCGAGGCCGAGUAUGCUGCGGCGGCCAAGGCACUGGGUGUCACCGGCGGCGGCUCGAUUGCCUUUGACAUUGUCAAUCAGUCGUAUGCCUACGUGCUCGAGGACAUUGUCAUGGGCGCGGUGGUUGCCACCGCCGGUCCGGCGCCAUACGGCAUCGACACCGGCUCGCCGUCGUACUGGGGCGGGUGGUGGACCGAUUUUCAGCAGGGCGGGAACCAGGGAAACACGCCCGGCGGCUACCUCUCAGCCGAGAUCAUCCUCAACAAGCUGCGCGGAACCGACUACAUGCGCCGCGGUGUCAACCAGCGCGACUACACGCUGUCGCGGUGGGGUGGGCUCGGCAAUCAUCGCUACGGCCAGGGCUUCUCCGGCGACGUGCUCGUUGUCGACUGGGCCGAUCUCGCGUUCCAGCCGUACUUUUCCAUGACCGCUACCAACGUCGGCUUUGGCUUUUGGUCGCACGAUCUGGUCGGCCCGCCCAACACCGCCGCCGCCGCCCGCGAGCUCCACACCCGCUGGCUGCAGUGGGGCGCGUUCUCGGGCGUGUUCCGGACCCACGACCGCGGCAUGUCGGCCGGCUCGUGUGCCGACACAGACCCGAACACCUGCUUUGUGGUCGAGGUGUGGAACACGGACAAGGAGAACUUUAAGAUCAACCGCGAGGCCAUGGUCCAACGCUCCGAGCUUGUUCCCUACAUCUACACCGCAUACCGGGCCGCGUUCGAGACCGGGCUCUCGCUCAUUCGCCCGAUGUACUACUACUGGCCCGAGUUCGACGCGGCGUACGCCACGACGCCGACCGGCCGCUUUGCGCAGUACAUGUUUGGCCCGGACAUCCUCGUUGCACCGGUGGUGGUCCCGUCGGACAUUGUUUCGGGCCUCACCCCAUGGUCGGUCUUCAUUCCUCCGGGAACCUGGUACGAGGUCGGGACCGGCGCCAUGGUGUUCGGCACAAGCGACGGUUCGACGGUGCUGAGCAAGUCGUUCCCGCUCCACGAGAUCCCGAUGUUUGUCCGCGGCUCGGCCAUUCUGCCCAAGGUCUCGCUCGUGCCGGGCAAGCCGCUCGGCAACGCGCUCCGCCAGUACUCGCACCUGGUGCUCGAGCUGUACCCGCCGCUGGCAGCGUCCACAUCGACAGUGGUGUACGAGGACGACGGCGCGACGCUCGACUACGUGGCAUCGGAGGCGUACGUGGUGACUACUGUCGGGUACACCUCGGCAGCGGCCGACGGCGUGACCACGCUCAAGCUCACGGUCUCCUCGGCGCCGGCCGCGGGCAAGCCAUACCCGCUCUUCCCGAGCGCGCGCACCUACGAGGUUCGCGUCGUGUCGGGCAUGCCGCUCAUGAGCGGAAGCGUCAACGGCGUGGCCUUGACUGCCAACGACUGGUCGUACGACGGUGAGCGGAUGAUGCUGAGCGUAACGACGCCGGCUGCGGUGCCGACCUCGGCGCCGGCCUCGAUCGUGCUGCUCUUCGCGAGCCCGGACGAGAGCCUGCUCAUGGGCGCACGUGGAAUGGUGAACCACGGCAUCCACGCCAAGAAGAAGCUCGAUGAGGCGCGAGUGACGCCCGGCGCGCACUCGCCGACUGGUGGAAAGCUCAUGGCACUCGCGUCGGCUGGCUUUGAGCUCUCUGCUUACGCCAAGAGCUCGGCGACGCAGUUUAUGACCGUGCUCAAGAGCCUUAGUGCGCGACUCGACGCCGCCUCGGCCGAGCUCGCCGCCGUCCAGCCUUCGCUGCCGGCGUACACCUUUACCCAGCUGUGGGAUCCGGCGCGCCAAGACAAUGCGCUCUGCUGCGCGGCGCAGUGCUACAAGGACAACUCGUACUACGCGUCGCUGAGGAUCGAGGGCUACGGCGUCUCGCCGGGCACUCCGGGCUCGAUUCCGCUGCUGGCGUACUACUCGGCGAGUGCGCAGGAUAACGCCGACUCGACUUACGGGCUGCAGUUUGCAAGCGAGUACGCGCCGGCGCAGUUCUCGGCCAACGGCUAUGUGCUCGCGUUGGAAGCGCCGGGUACCGUCCCGCUGCAGCUGUUUUACUCUGCAUCGCGGCACGACUACCUCACGGUGGCGUCGGCCGAAGGCAUCGCCUACGCGAACAGCAACGGGUACACGCGCAUCGACAGCGCACUCGGGUGGGUCUACACCUCGCCGCCGUUGUCGGGAUCGUCAUCGAUCGACGCCGCGCGGUGGACGUACGCGGCGACACUCCUGGCCAACGCAGCAAACUAAGGCUAGUCGGUAAAAGUACAACAGCACACCCCA